UCUCACAUUUUUGGUUCUCUCUUCAGAGGUCAGUUAAAAGCCGAAACCGGAACAGAAUGGUGGUGUUUUGUUUUCUGGUGGAUCAGAAGAGGCAAGUGCAGGGGAGCAAGCCGGCGGCGGGAAUAUGCUCGCGGUGCGGCGGAGGAGCGAGCGUGGCGGACAUGAAGACCGCUACAAGAUUUUGUUACGUCCCGUUUUAUUGGAAAUCUUGGAGGGCCAUAAUAUGUACUUUCUGUGGAGCUGUUCUUCGUUCUUAUCGAUAAAUUAUUGGCUAAUUUGCAUGUUUCUUCUAGCAAAAGGGUGAUUUGUUAAUUUGCAUGUAUAGCUAGCUAGCUAGGUCUUUAGUAGUUUAAUUUAAUGACUAUUUGAUUUUCGGUAUC